UAUAAUAGACACUUCAUUGAAACCGUACUGACUAGCAGCUCGUGUUAACCUUUAAAAAGCCACUACAAGCCAUCGCACGAUUCUGUUUCGUUUUCUACACUCAAAAUGAACGAGAUAUGGAAGGUUUACUUGCUGUGUUUGGUAGUGUCUGUUUCGGCGCAAACUUACGAGUACGAGUACGAGUACUACUAUGAAGAAGUAAGCGAAACUUCGGCGACCGAUGCUGCUACUUCGCCACCGAGCGAGGUGACGACGGUCGAAGAGGCUAGAGCGCUGGAAGAGGAGAUCGUUACGGAGGUAUCAACCGUCACCUUGGAUGAUGCGACCAGCGACUACCAAAACAUGUCGGUGGUUUCCGUUGGAAGCUCUAAGGACGGCAUUCCGAUGCAUACGGACGAGGCUACGGCUGUAGAUGGUGAAGUGGUGAACCUCAAUUCGCAUGAUGUCCGUCGCACCGACAGUACUGUCCAUCCGCGAUUAAAUGGGACUCACCCAACCAAAUUCACAAACACUUUGUUCAAGACUACCAGCAGGCCUAAAUCCAACAAUCCACCUUCGAUAGUGCUGAACAUCUACACCGGCAUGUAUGGCAUGGAUUCGCGGAGUAACAAUCGCCCCACCGGGAACGUUGGUGGACGGAACAACUUCUGGCCACGGGCCCAAUCCCCGCUCCAGGGUUGGUACGGAAUGUACAACCGUAUGCCGGUGCAACCAUUCGCACCGAGACAGCAGCGUCCCAUAUAUCGAGGCCGGGGACAGCAAAACAAUUACGGCGAUUCGUACAGCAGCGGCUUUACGUAUCAGAAGGCAACGAAACCACGGCGAAACAGUCAGCAGAAUCGAGGCUCCACCAUGGACCAGGAGGCAACCAUGGCCGUGUUCAAUUUUCUGCUGCAAGCACUCGGCCAGCGGUCCGGGUCUUCCACGCGUUCGCAAACGCAAGGUCAGCAGGGAUCGCGCAGAAGAGUGUGAAGCGUGAUACGGGUUACAAGGAAGCAAUAAAGCGAUUUGCAGCACUGCAAAGUAAAUAAAUUUUUGAUGUCUUUUAACUGCGACUAGUAAAA